AUGCUUAAAGAGUUUAUACAAAUAUUUUUAGAUGUGAGUAGCAUUCACGGUUUAAUACACAUUUCUCAAAAAGGUCGCCAUUUUGUGGAGCGAGUAACAUGGAUUAUUUUUGUUGGAGCUGCAAUAUACGGUGCCGCUGUUUUGAGUAAUAUAACAUUGAUUCGGUACAGUGAAAAUCCGACAGUAAUUUCGAUGGAGAGAGACCGAUUUAACUGGAACACUUCUUUUCCACCGGCAACACUAUGUACAGAGAAAAAAUACGAUCUGGAUAAGCUGGAGGAAUACGUUGAAAAGAACAAUAGCAUUAAAGAUAAAGAACUUUUUAAAAAAUUCGUUAAAUCUUUACUAGAAGCUACAUACUUGAAUUUAGAUUCUAUAGUAGAGUAUGAAGGAAUAUCUGGCGAUAAUUUCGUGGAUUUGAUUUACAAAUUCCGGUUUCCUUUUAAACCAACUAUUACCUCUUCUGCUGGUAUGGAAAAGCUAGAGGUAGAUCCAACUUUUACCGAGAUGGGACUAUGCUAUUCUUUUAACUCUCAAAUAGCAGUUUAUAGCUCACCAGAGAUUUGGUAUAAUAAUUCGUGGAAACUAUUACCAGAAAAAAAUACUCUUUCUGUGAAUCCUCUUGAUGGCGAGGUGUUUAUUAAUGUUAUAAACGUCACUAGUGGAUACCAGGUAUAUUUCCAUAGCUCUUUCGAAACAGUUGACAUUGCAAGUAAAAAUAUACGAACUUCUGAUAAUAAUUUCCUGCAAUUGCAUAUUACGGGUCUUGCGAUAAUUGCUGCCGAUGGAAUAAAGAGUCUUACUCCAAAACAAAGAAAAUGUAGAUUUUACUACGAAAGCAAUUUACCACAUUUUGCUGUUUAUUCGUACAUUUUAUGCAGAAUGGAAUGUAGAGCCUCAUUGGCUAAACGACUUUGUGGUUGUUUGCCACAUUUUUAUAGAAAAUUGGCUGGUGAGAUAGUAUGCGAUGUCAAAGGCUUGCAUUGUUUAGCUAAAUAUACAGAGAGAUUAAUAUUUUUAAAAGGAGAGUGUUCCUGUGUCGCAAAUUGUGAAGAAACAGUAUAUAUAGUCGACUUCACCGAUGAAAGGGAAUGGUUCCUUGGUUCCAAUUUACAAUGGGGUAUGAUAGAAUAUCCUAAACUGCGCUUAAGAAGAGAUGUAAUUUUCGGAUUCACAGAUUUAUUAGUAUAUAUCGGAGGUAUGGCUGGAUUAUUUCUGGGCUGUAGUUUUCUCAGUUUUAUGGAAAUUGUCUAUUUCUUCACCUUGAGGUUAUUCUGGUUUGUUGUACGUUAUGGAGACGAAACUAAUCAGAAGAAAAAUGUUAAUCCAAUAAGUUACAAUCGAAAAUAUAUUAUCCAUAAAUGGCACCGUAAAUAG